GCACCGCGAUCCAUUGUAAAUUGUCUGAGAAAACGAUUGCCGGGGUUGGACUUUGGGUCGAGUGCGCGCACUGACGCAGAGCAAAUAGAACCCAGUUCAGAGCCCUGAUAAGCCGUUUGACCUGCCGUCCAGCCGGCGAGGAAGCGACGGAGGGACGGAUAUGUCGCCGCCGGCGCACGUGCUGGUGUUCCCAUGGCCGCUCCAGGGCCACAUCAACUCCAUGCUCCAUUUCGCCGCGGCCCUCGUCGGCGCCGGCCUCCACGUCACCUUCGUGCACACGGAGCACAACCUCCGCCGCGUUGACCCCGCCGCCGCUUCGCCACGCCUCCGCUUCACGUCCGUGCCGGACGGCCUCCCGGACGACCACCCGCGCUCCGUGGGCGACCUCAAGGACGUUGCCAAGUCCCUGAUGACGACGGGUCCUGCCGUGUACCGUGCUCUCCUCGCUUCGCUGCUGCCCGCAUCGACCCAUGCCGAUGCCGAUGCCGAUGGUCGCGGGUUCCCGCCGGUGUCGUGCGUCGUGGCGGACGGGCUACUGCCGUUCGCCAUCGACAUAGCUGAGGAGCUCGGCGUGCCCGCGCUUGCCUUCCGCACGGCCAGCGCGUGCAGCGUGUUGGCUUACUUCUCCAUGGCCAGACUCAUGGAGCUCGGCGAGGUCCCGUUCCCCGUAGGCGCCGACCUCGAUGAGCCGGUCCGUGGCGUCCCGGGGAUGGAGGAUUUCCUUCGGCGGCGAGAUCUCCCAAGCUCCUGCCGUCGUCACGCCGAUACCCACGAGGUCGAUCCCCUGCUUCAGUUACUCGUCAAGUUCACCCUUCACAGCUGCAAGGCUCGGGCGCUGAUAUUCAACACGGCCGCGUCGCUGGAGGGGGCAGCGGUUGCUCACAUCGCGCCGCACAUGCGUGACGUCUUCGCCAUAGGCCCUCUCCACGCCAUGUCGGUGGCCGCGCCGGCGCCGGCGGCAAGCUUGUGGCGCGAGGACGACGGCUGUGUCGCGUGGCUCGACGGGCACGCCGACCGGUCCGUCGUUUACGUCAGCCUGGGCAGCCUCGCCGUGAUUUCGCUGGAGCAGUUCACCGAGUUCCUCUCCGGGCUCGUCAACGCCGGCUACGCGUUCCUGUGGGUGCUCCGGCCCGGCAUGGUCGGGGCGAGCCAGAGCGCCGUCCUCCAGGAAGCCGUGGAGGCGGCGGGGCUCGGCAAGGCGCGCGUCGUGGACUGGGCGCCACAGCGAGACGUGCUGAGGCACCGCGCCGUGGGCUGCUUCCUGACCAACACCGGGUGGAACUCGACGCUGGAGGCCGUCGUCGAGGCCGUGCCGAUGGUGUGCUGGCCGUUCUUCGCCGACCAGCAGAUCAACAGCAGGUUCGUGGGCGCCGUGUGGGGGACAGGGCUGGACAUGAAGGACGUGUGCGAGAGGGCCGUCAUGGAGGGGAUGGUGAGGGAGGCCAUGGAGUCCGGCGGGUUAAGGAUGUCGGCGCAAGCUCUGGCGCAGGAGGUGAGGCGGGACAUCGCUCAAGGGGGGUCGUCGGCUCUGGAGUUCGAGAGGCUCGUCGGCUUCAUCAAGGAGCUCACCGCGAAGUGUUCAAUCGCAAAUAAGUAACUUCACCCUGUGCUAACAGAUUUGUGGUGGAAGAGAGUAUCAAACUUCCACAAAUAAUACGAAUUGAAGGUGGCAUCGUCGAAAGCAAUGUGAUCGUCAUGAGGUGAUGUCUGGAGUGAGUCUCAAUCGUUGGUGUUUUGCACUUUACAUUGACGGUGGUUCCGUUUGAUCAUGGUGUGGUGAUGUCUGUUGCUAUAGAAAGAUAUCUGUGAAAACCGUGUGAGAGAAACUUGAGGAAGAGUGAUGUAUUUUUGUUGGUGUGUGGAUAGGGAACAAUGUGUGAGAAUCAAGUACUCCCUUUGUCCGGAAAUGAUUGACUUGGAUUCUGGACAGAGGGGGUAUAUUGUUUUACUGGUGUGCAAGCAAAAUGAUGAACCCACAUGGCUGAUCUACAUUACAUUCUCAACGAGUUAGAAGAA